GUGUGGUUUCAAAAUCGUCGCGCGAAGUGGAAGAAACGCAAGAAGACGACGAACGUGUUCCGCACGCCGGGGGCGCUGCAGAUGCUGCCGUCGCACACGCUGCCGCCGUUCGGCUCCAUGAACGACUCAAUCUUUAACACGGGUUGCUCGGACAGCAGCCGCUGGAUGACGCAGAUGCCGUCGGGAGCCGGACUGUCGCUGCCGCCGGCCAUCUCCCGCCAGUCGAUGUCGCCGUCGAUGUCGUGCGUCGGCGGCGGCAACGUCGGCAAUAUGGUCAACAGCGGCAAUGGCGGCUCGCUCUAUCAGUCUCCCUACUCGCUGAACUCGCUCUCGCAGGCGAAUUCGUUCGGCGUGCAAACGACCUUGUCGCAGCCGAUGACGUCGUCGUCGCCGACUUGCCUCGGCGACAACGGCGACGCCUGGCGGGGUACGAGCAUUGCCGCCCUGCGGCGGAAGGCCUUGGAGCAUACGGUCGGCUACAUAGGUAAUAACGUCGGUGGUAUGGGCAGCGUCGGUGGGCUCACGGGGUUCCGAUAAGCGAGAUAUAUG